AUGAGCAACUUUGAAACUCCAUCAUCAGCCCUGCAAGCAGGCGCAGAGAAGUACUCUGAACUCGCUCUGCUAAAGAAACCAACCCAAUCACCCGAAGGUGUAGUCUUUGAGGACGUUACUUUUAUUCAGUUUCGAAAGGACGUUGAGCUAGCUGCAAGAUAUUGGAAGAAUCAGCUUUCUCAAGUGGGAGCCAGCGACAGGGCAGUUGUUGGCGUUUGGCUAAGAGGUUUCGGCUACUCAGAUGCAGUCCAUAUUUGGGGCCUCAGCUGGGCAGGCUACAUUCCCCAGCUGAUUUCCCUUCGGAUGACCGACCCCACUGUUGUUUAUGAGCUGUUAGAAAAUGGCCAAGCUGCGGCUUUGGUGCAUGAGCCAGACUUCGAAUCAAUGCUUCAGAAUGCACCCUUGCCGACAUUUCAAGGUGGCGACGAUUAUUUGAAAGAGAGCCAGGAAGAAUUCUCCCCCGGAGAUCCUUGGAAACCUUCCAAGCCUGACGACGUAUUGUUCAUCUAUCAUACUUCUGGAUCGACCUCGGGUAUUCCGAAACUUGUGCCUUCCACGGCAAGAUGGGUGAACUAUGUUAUUGGAAAGUCAGGAACCUGGAAAGACAGGUGCAACACAUCUAGAGAUCGCAUGGUCAGCUUGCACAUGGGGAGCUUCUGUCAUGCGGCUGCAUCUAUCAUCUUGUGGUUUAGUGUAAGAGAAGGGUUUUGCGUCAUCUUGCCUAGUGUAUUUCCUCAGCCUAUCUCUGAGAUCCAAUAUCUCCUUGAUGAGCAAGGUUUAUCUAGCGUAUGUAUGUUCCCACCCUUUGUAUCCGCCCUCAUCCGACAGGCCCGCAAUGAUCCAUCCCUUCUUGCAUCACUCAAGAAGGCAGAUUGUAUAGGAUCUGGAGGGCUGGAUCCAGAUCCCGCAGAUGUAGCCUGGGGACGAAGCCAGGGCUUCCACAUGCCUAACGGACUUGGAUCUACGGAACUUGGUCUUCCCAUGUUGUCUGAUGCUCGGGAGAAUUCUGAUUAUCUACUGCCAUUCGCUGGUAGUAAAUACGAGUUUAUUCCCAUAGGGGAUAGUGUGAGAUCCGGCGAGCCACUGCUGGAGCUCGUUACUCUCCCCGAGUCACCAGAUUGUCCGGUUCCCAGUCUUUGCGCCGCCGAUGGAAAGUUCUACUCUGGAGACUUGUUCAUCGAGCCUUCACCUGGAAAGUACUUGUGCAAGGGCCGAAACGACAAUUGGAUCAAGAUGCAGACAGCUCUCCGAUGUGACACAUCCUCCAUCGAGUUUAACAUUGUGGAGACUUGUGGCAAUGACUUGGUUAAUGCUGUCGUCGUGGUCGGGGCAGGGCGACCUUGCCCAACGAUCAUCAUCGAGCCGAAGGACAGCUCAAUCGUGAGUUCAGAGGGUGGUCAACAGGAAUCAAUGGAGAAGUUGAAGGAGGAAAUACUAAAAAGGAUCACGCCAUUCCACAAGAGACGAUAUGAACAUGAGAGGGUGAGUGAUACGAGGUACAUUGUUGUUGUUCCUCAAGGGUCCCUACCUCGAACUAUCACAAAGGGGAAUGUGCGUCGAAAGGAGGUUGAGAAAAUGUAUGGGACAAUGCUGGAUGGCUUGUACGCGACGUAA